AUGGCUUAUGGAUUUGAGCUAGUCUAUAAGCGCUUCAGAAAGCAAGCCCCACCUAGCUUCGAAGGGAAAGCUAACCCUAUGGUGGCAGAGGAUUGGUUGAGAUCAGUAGAGGCCAUCUUUGAUCACAUGCAGUUGAACGAUCAUCAGAGAAUUUCAUGUGUAGCCUACCUACUCAAGUUGGAUGCAAGGAUAUGGUGGGAUGUGGAAUUUGGCAAGAAAUACCACAGUGAAGCUGUAUUGGCAACCAGGGUGGACAAGUUCGUGACUUUGGUUCAGGGGAACCUCUCUAUUACUGACUAUGCACAAAAGUUUGAUAGGUUGGCUAGAUUUGCACCUAAAGUAGUACCAACCGAAGACAUGCGAUUCCAAAGGUUUAUGAGAGGACUUAAACCAAUGAUUACUAGAGAUGUCAAGAUGACCAGUGCUGAGGUGGUCAGUUAUGCUGAGGUAUUGGACAAGGCACUCGAAGCGGAAUACUUGGAGGAUCGUAUAUGGACGGACAUUGCUCCUAGAAGGGAGGCCAAUAGAAACAAGGGCUUCCAUGAAGGCAAUAAGAGGAAAGCUAAUGAAGGGUAG